CCGCAAGUAAUUUUCAACCAAUCAGCUUCCUUUUCGGUACCUCAUAAAAUUUCUGGACAUAAUGGCCAAGAAAUCUCCAGAAGUCACUCGGACAGUAAUGUGGAAAGGCAAGAGACUAAGCAUUCUUUUACUGAUGGCGAUUUUGGGGAAACGAACUCAUCGACGGUAGUUAAAGGAAAUGAACAAGUUUUGGAAUCACAAAGGCCCCCUUCAUCUCAAUUCUCUUCGCUUGAUAUCUCUUAUUGGGACAAUAAAAGACAUUCUUCUAAAAUCGACACAGAUGUAUUAAAUCUCUCGCAGCCUCGAAAUUCUACAACAAGUCUUCAAAGUAACUCAUUGAUUGCUAUCACAAAAGUUAGGAACGCUGAAGAUACCUCCACGCCUUCAAAAUCGAAGAGACGUUCAAAGAACAAACUACAAAGUGAAGUGAAACUUUUGUCUGAGAAGUCAAGUUCACUUUCAAAUGAUCAUGACUUCAAAAGUAAGCAUGUUAACGACGUGACAAAAACAUUCAAUAAAUCUCGUAAAAAGAAGCGAAGAAAAUAUAUUUCGUGGAUAAACUCUGCCAAACAUCACCGGCGCAAAAGGAGUCAUCGCAGAAUUUCUGGACGGAAGUUGGUGGAUUUUAAUAAAGUAAAAACAAAGGAAAGCGAAAGAAUCAGGAAUAAAAGGUCUGUAUAUCCUUUAGGAAUUUAUCCACAAUUUCGUGGCGCUGGUAAUGAAAGAGUUUUGUUAAGAUUUAAACGUAAAGCUCUUCUUGAAGAUGGGCAAGAAGAACUGCCGCGCAACCGUAAAAAACGCAAAAGGAAGAGGCGAGAGAAAGCCUCGCAAAGGCAAGUUAAACGGCGAAGCCUUCCGAGGCAAAACGUACCCAAUGUUGAGAUUAGUGGACUUAAAAAAGGUUACUCGCAAAGUUUACUGUGGAGGAAAUCAGCUUUUGGAAGAGGUAUCAAUGGUUUUGGAGCAACUACUGCAGCCGUAAAUCCUCAAGUGAAAUACGAUGGGCAAAUAACUCCCGGGCAAUCUGUGUAUGUAGUUCCGAAUUCAUACAAAGUUAUUUUAAGGCCAGACCAAUAUGUUCAGAGGAAACGCCUACCUGUCAUGAAUUUCGCACAAAGUAACGCCCUAGUGGCGCAAAAUGGGCAAGUUCCGGUAUUUCCCUACGGCGCCAAAAACUCAGCGAUGAAAUCAGUCAGGCCUGGGAAGUUUCAACGUAUAAGCAGUGUUGAGCAGCCACAGUUUGAACAGCUGGCGAAAUAUCAUUACGCAACCAGGCAGCCUCAACGCCCAUUAAACAACAAUGUUGUUAGCAGGAAACAGGUUACACAGCGCCCGUUUUAUGUUUUUGCGCCUCAUUUUAGCAACUCACAAAUAGCUUUGCCGGAUAGAAAUCGGCAAAUCGGGCGCGUUACGCAACCCUGGUCUGUUAAGCCACAGUUUUAUGGCUCUCAACAAGGAACGAGGAUGCCGGAGAUUAAAAGUCACCUGCCUCAAGCAAAUGACUUGCUAAAGGGAUCACUUGGACCACAAGGACUAAUUAUGUACUUAAAUUUUGAAGAUGUUGAACAGGGAAAGUCGCCAUUUGCUUCUUUUUAUGGAAACCUUGCAGAUGCAGGAAAGCGAACCGAAAUUUCGAGAUCGUUUGGAUCAUGUGGAAAAGUUGCGAGAAUAAACAAUGGAAGCGAAAUUCUCUUGAACGGAAGACAGAUCAAGGUAAUGCACUUUAUUUUUUUCUUUGAAUGAUUUAAUCUCCUCUUUCCUUGGUUUUUAGCCACAAAGUCCCCAUUUGAAGCAGAAACUUCUUUUAGGCAAAUUGCAACUGAGCUGUCUGAAAGAAGUGAAAUGGCGAGUUUCGAUUCUGGAAUGUUCUCUUACCGCUUUACAUACUAAAGACUUAAAAUUCUCGGGGAGGAAUACAGGUCAUUUCGUUUAAGGUACGGUAAAUGGUCCAACUUGUUUUGCAGCAUUGUCGCAAAAUGAUUUGAGAAGCGAUGUUGCGCGCACCCACGUUCAAACCUGUCUUCCAAAAAAUUUCUUUUGCAGAUUGCGAAAAGUUCUUUAAGAAAGCAGAGAGCAGUACAGUCCUUUUUGCAGCAAACUUUGCACAUGUUUGCGUUUAACCAGGCUAAGGCAAACUUGUUUUGCAGCAAUUGACGUAACUCCCGUGUAUGGUCGGACUCUCGUGUAAUGUUAUAUAAUCAGAAGUCAGUAUUCACGCAAGUUGUAACAACCUGAUAGUUGCUAGACAGGGUUGAACGUGAGUGGUAAAAUCCUCAACGUGGCUUUUCAACUAAAAUCCCUGCCCUCCUCACAUGGGAUACAUCUUCGAGUUUUAGCGAAGGGACAAAGAGAGUUAACGAAUAUAAUUAGGAGACCGAAAGCUGGUUGUAAACAAAAUCUCGUCUGUCCAAAUAUCAGUUUAUACCGUUUUACAGUCGUAGAAAGGGCAAUUUUUUUGUACAAAAGCUCUGUCGAUAUAUGGGGGUCAUUUUCCAUACAUUUUACUCCGGGAGUCAAGUCUGGGGUCGCCGGAGGGCCAAGCUGACCCGCUGGCCACUUAAACACGCUGACUGUCGCAGUAGGAGACAUAAAAACUGUAUCUUCACUUUUAAAAUAUUUUCGUGCUCGUUAAAUUGACAUUUCUCCAAGUGAGACGCAAAUGUUAACGUUGAGUUAGGGGAGGGGUAGGUGGGCUGUUUCUCAGAAACCUAAAUAUUGAUCCGACAUUGAAGCAAAGUAGGAUAUUUUGGGGUGUUAAGUAAAUAAUGGUCUAUUAAAUUUAUUAGCUGCCAAAUUCGAAGUGCAAAAAUUUUUCCCUACCUUCUCGUAGGAUUUUCUCUGUUUUAAACUUCCCACCAUGAGUGAAACAGGCAAUAUCUCUCCCGUAAACGGAGCUAUUGGAAAGUAUGUUUUAGUGUUGUGUUUUUAUACUUCGCCUUACUCUUCAGGUAAAACCACGCCAGGCCAUAAGCAUUGCAGCGUGGAUCAAGCUUGAUACCAACAAAGGACUUCACUCAAUAUUCGACACAGUUGGUGGCCACUCUCUCCAUCAAAAGGGACAGUAUCAUUUUGAAAUACAAGAUGGUAGUGUUCGGUGGUUCCAUAGAAACGAAUCAGACAACACGAUCUUCAGUGUUGAGACAGGUAGGCUUAGUAGGAAGGAACUUGUUUGAAAAAGGAAUAUUAGGCUGGUAGAGUAUUGCUAUGAAGUGCUUUGAUAGUGUUUCACAGACGUCUAGACGCCUUUUCUGCCACGUCUUAAAACAGAGUUGCUUGAAACUACGAGAGAGGUCUUUCUCGUUGUGAUUAUCGUUUUGUACCUCGCCUCUACUUGGUGUCGAAACAAAGGUGUUCAACACAACACAAGUAUGUUACAUCCAUCGCCCUCCUUACUCGUUAACGUACUGAUGUAUGUCCGUUAAGACUUGAUAAAUACCGUUUUCGCGGGGUCGCAAAUCAGGCGAAAGACUUCUCACAUUUUACGUGUCGCUCGUGUUUCACUGGACAAAUUCAAAUAGAAACGGAUUUGAGCUUCUCCGUUAUCUCCAGAAAUUCAAAUCCUUAGCUUGUUAGGCUAAAAACGUUUUCGGCUUUCGAUAAGGGGAUAAGGUGAGAUUAUCUCAUUUUCUCUUGUUUAAAACAAACGUGAAACCACUGUAAAUAUUUAACAAGGUCCCUUCUUUGAUAGGCUAACCUGACGGCUGGUAUUUGAUCAUUGAGGAGUCGCUUUCAAUUUUUCUAAUUUUUCUUUCCUGCAGAUCCAAUAAUCCCAGCAAAAGUAUGGAAUCAUGUGGCUGGAACGUACGAUGCACUUACUGGCAUAGCUAAAGUUUUCGUAAACGGUCGACUGAAGGCAGAGACUGCUGGGAAGGGUGUUCUGUCUCAGGAUUGGGAUGCGCAUGCAGGAAUAGGGAAGCACAAAGGUUCUAGAUUUCUCCAGGGGGAUGUGGACGAGUUCAGGAUUUAUAAUAAGGCUUUGACGCAAGAGGAAAUUCAGAAUCUUACAAAGAUGUGCAGUUUUGAAAGAGGUAAGUGAUUUUUCAGUUUUCUUGUCACUCUGAAUCAAAACGUGACUUAACCUACUGAAAAUUGUUUUGAACGACGACAUUUUACAAAAUAAAACAACAAAAAAAUAGAUUACUUCUCUAAUAAUACCAAAAGGAAAUUCAGAAUCUUCCAAAGAUGUGCAGUUUUGAAAGAGGUACGUGAUUUUGUCCGAAAAGCCGGGUGCCCAUCCAAAUAUAUUCCUAGAUAAAAUGUAACCAUUUUUUUUUUCAGUUUUCUUGUAACUCUGAAUCAAAACGUGACCUGUGGAAAAUUGUACUGAACGAACACAUUUUACAAAAUAAGACAACAACAACUAAAAAACAGAUUACUUCUCUAAUAACACCUCUGAAUGCAGUCCUCCCUUUUAUGUAAAUCCUUCUUGGACACAUUACUUUUCCAAAAAUGAUUAUGAGAUCAGAAUCGCUGCAUUCUCACGCAGCAUUUUACAGAUCGUCGAGCUUUUGCCUCACUACUUAUGGAAAUUUCUCAUUUGUAAUUUUCUGGAAAGCAUCUUACUCAGUAAAAUGUUAGUUCGAAUACCACGUGGCUGUUCUUCUCCAGUUUAGUCUGUUUCAUCAUCUCCUUCAUUGUGCUUAAUAAUGUUGAUACUAAUGAUGAUGGUGAUGAUCACGACGGUCUUGAUAAGGCCAUGAUCUUCAUCUCUCCUCUUUUCUUGCUCCGUAUUUUAUCUGUGUAUUUUUGCUUUACUUUUCUUCCCUUUUCCUCCUACUUAACUUGAUGUUUUCUUCUUUUAAGCAUGUGGCGGUUUCUUCUACAGUCCGACAGGGGUGAUCGAGUCACCAGAAUGGCCUCACCACUACAAAGGGAAAUCCCUUUGUACGUGGCAUGUUGUCGUUGAUUCCAGCGAGAAAAUUGCGCUUCGUUUCAACACCUUCGCUUUGGAGGAGGAUAACACCUGUAGCAAGGCUAAGCUAGUUGUCAGAGACGGGAACAGUGAAAAUGCAAACGUGCUUGGAGUUUACUGUGGGAAUAGGCGUCCUCCAGAGCUGACUUCAACUGGAAAUCACUUGUGGCUUCAGUUUACCAGUACGGAAGGGGCGGAAGGAAAAGGCUUUCUUCUUCAUUACGACAUAGGUAAUAAAAAACUACUAAACCCUUUACAGUAAAUGAUUAACGGUAACACAGUGAUAAAAAAAAGGGUGAUUGAAAAUGAGGUUAUAUGGACUUAGGAAGGUGCCGGCUAAGGGCUGUCUCUUUCGUGCUCGGUCUAAACCCUCGGUGGGGCUGAGAGGCAUGUUGUUGUUGGAGGGGGCGUAUAGAGGAUAAACAGUGUAUUUACAUUCAGCUGCUCAGCAUCUUAAGAAUAUGAUACGAACUUGCAGGCUGACCGGCUACCGUGAUAACUUAGUCGUUCACUUCCCAAUAAGACUCAUUUGUUUUGAAGGUUUAAUUCCAUCUUUGUAACUGGUUAAACCGUCAUUUCGCUUUGAAAUGGGCUAACGAUCUUUUAUCUUUUCUCAGCAUCAUUUCGCCAAACGAAAAAGACCGAGAGGCCACCAACACCCUUUGAUGGCACACAGCGAUGCGCUGUUACAAAGCCCGAGUAUAACGUGACCCUGGUAGGAGGUAUCAAAUCCGGGAUUUUUUCUGAGGCCAGGCACGUGCACGACCUGGACCUAUGCACGAGGCACUGUUGUUUAAGAGAAUUCUGUGACCUUGCCUUCAUGAUCAGGGAUACUUGCUAUCUGGUCAAAUGCGCCAAUCAGUUGCUUUGUAAGACCAAGAAGGCGAGGCCGUCAAGUAUGAAUCCCAGGAUUAGUUUUGUAUCUCAUUUGUCAGCGGUGACUCCAGAACCUGGUGAGUAGAGUCGUUGAGUACAAUGAGGGACAAAAGUUGUUAAGACACUGGCAUGUAAUGAACCUUUAUUGCGAAGUAGGCAUACCUAUCUCCCUCCCCCUCUGUACCCCUACCCCCUUCCCCCCAAACCAAUGUUGUAUUUUAAACACACAAGUCUUUCUUCAACUAAAAACAAAAUUGAUUCGGGGGAGGGGGGUAUUUAAGGCGUUUUAACAGAAUUAUAUGAUUUGAAAAAUUGUUGGUUAAAGCGCGCGUUUUAGACAAAUGUGUCAAUUACUUUUGUCUCUUAUUGCUAAAAGUGAUGUUGUUGCCCUUUAAAAUGCACACUAUACCAUUUAGUGAUAGAAGCAAUUUACUGGUACACAAUCGUGUAAAUCUUUUAACACGAUUGAGUUGAUAUUUGUGUUUAUUGACGAUGCACCACACUCGCAUCAUUCUCCAGCCUUGAAUAUAACAUUCUCUAGUAUCGAUAGUUGUGUCUUGAAUUAGCUGUUCUAUCAAAGACAAUAAUUAUUUGCGCAGUCAUUAAAUGUUGAGGGAAUAAGUUGGAGUUUUUUGUUUUCUUGUUGUUGUUUUCCCAUGGUAUACAAACGCAAUUAUUCUGUACGUCGAGACCUUAAUUUAUUAACUGCUUGGGUUAUUAAUUCUUCCUCUUGUUCCCUUUCACAAGGUCUUUCCGUAGACGAAAGCGCUUACAGUAAAGCUGCUGCCCAAAGCACAACAACGCCAUCACCUCUAGAGCUUUCGGCAGACGGAAGUGCAUACAGUAAAACAGGAACACAAAGUUCGGGGACAUCUUCGACUCCAGAGGUUUCCGCCGAUGGGAGCGCCUACAGCAAAGCUUCAGGAACACAAAGUGCAGCAGGAUCUACCAUUUUUGACCUCUCCGCCAGCGGAAGCGCCUACAGCAAGCCAAUUGUAGCAAAUGAUAAUACAUUAACAGCCUCUCCACCCAGCGCUGAACCGGACUGCCACCACACGGCGGUGAGCUACAACGUCACACUGGUUGCGGGUAUAAACGCGGGAAAAUUCAGUACUUAUGGCAGCGCGCGCAACAUGGACGAGUGCAUACGUCAUUGUUGUCACGACGACACGUGUGACGUGUCUUUCAUGAUUCAGGGAAAUUGCUACGCAGUGGAGUGCGCUGAUACCGAAGGCUGCCAGAUCAAGAGAGCAAAACCUUCCUCUUACAACCCCACAGUGGCGUACGUAUACCGCGGAGGUGGAAGACCGAUUGGUGGUAAGUAACGAUUUGCAACAGUCCCAAAUACAGCUUGAAAAAAUGGCGUGCGUAUUAUUAAUUUUUGCGCGUUAUUAUAUUUAAGAGAAUUGUGCUAUAAAACUUGGGAUUCUUCUAGAUGUUUUGCUAUUUAGGUUCGACUGUUGUUUUGCUAGCCGCUUUCUUUAAAAUCACUCCUUUUAUAUAUAUCUGUUACUGGGAAUCGUUUAAGGAAAGCUUCUGUCCUCUUUAGGGCUGUAAAUUUUAACCUCUCAUUUCGAGUCACAAGUAAAAAUUGUCGCGUGAUUUCUAUUCAGUUACUGGUCGAUAACUAGUUGAUUACUAGUCGAUUACUAUUCACCUCCUGCUUAUUCACUUUUAUGCAGACCCCUUACCAGGCGCCGAAAAGCCCAGCCUUGACGCAUGCUCCAAGUUGACUGUCAGCAACACCAUACAUAACGUGACGCUACGAGGGGGUAUCAAGGCGGGAAAUUUCACCGAUAAGGGCGUGGUCAAGAACAUGGAGGAAUGUUCCGCUUUUUGCUGCGCAGAUGAGCAAUGUAAUGUGGCGUUCCUCAUUCGAGACAAUUGCUUCCUUGUGGCAUGUAAAGACUAUGAUUCAUGUAAGAUGAAGCCAGCCUUGUCUGAGUAUUAUCGCCCGCGAAUGGCGUAUGUAAAUUGGAGUCCUCCUGACGACGAAAUCCCAGGUACGUUUUUUCAAGGAUAUGUCUGGCUUAUCUGUACCGACGAGCAGCGACACAAUUUCCUCUGACAUAAGGCGUAUAGGGGAAAAAAGGAGAACACUGAGUCCUCUCAGUCACGCUAUUUGCUAUCUUUUUGAAAAACUAAACAUUUUGUUUUGCAUCAUUUGAUUUCAAAGAAAAUGGUCCAGUUUUGUUAUUUAGAACAAUUUUUUUGCUUUGAAAAUGUUUUAUGUCGUCUGUUGCAACGGAUGGCAAGGAUGGAUAUGGAUUGAAACCCAACUUUUUCAGGUUUUUAUGCUAUUCCCGCAAACUCGCUCAAAAAAUUAUGAUGGUUAGUGUUCCCUGGUGAAAUUCGUGUGAUAACUACUUCAUAGCUCUACAGGAGCAUUUUGUGUAUGGGUAAUGGCACUUAAAGUAUUGACUUGAGCACAGAAUUGACCUAAAGCAGCAAUAUCAUCACGUAGCAUAGUACCUUUAAGGCGCAAUCAAUUUACCCGUUUACCAAUUUACAAUUUACCCGUCAACAGCACAGGCCUUCUUAUAGAACUAAAUGUGAUCUUGCAUGCUUCCCUGAUUUACAGGGCCGUCCAAAUUAGUUUACGAAGCAUGGCCACGCAAUUCACGCACUUAACGCAACAAAGUUUUUUGAUUAAGAAUCACGCACAGGUCCAAUCGUCAUGCAAAUGACAUGAUACAAAACUGAAAAGACCACAAACAAUACCCAAACCACGUGAUUUUAAAUCUUAUUGCUACAAUUUACCAAUGGUUUGUCCCGUUAUUUCAUUUUAGCAAACCGCUGGUACGCGUCUCUCGGCUGCUGGAAAGAUACCGAAUCAUCUUCAGUUUCUUCAUUGGAGGGUUCAGAUUCUCUUUUGCAAGGAUCCUACCUUAAACGAGAUAAACCCAUCGAUACGUGCGCUCAAGUGGCUCGGAAACAUGAGUACAAAGGUAUAAACCACCACAUAACGCAAUUCAAAUAAGGGUAAUCAACAUGUUAAUAUAUCAACGGCUUGAGUGCGUUGCAACCGUGAGUUUACAGUGCGUAAAUCUUGCGGGCCUGAAUUAUCUGAGGAACGAUGCCGGCGUGCGUUUUGAACCUGGAAGGUGCAAUCAUGCCGGAAUUUUUAACGGUGAGAGGACAUUAAAGAUGCAAAGGAUAGCUCCUUGCUCUCUAGUUUGGGGUAUUGGUUUGGAGCUUAUCACUCUUUCCAGUAAAUUAAAACCAAACCUUAACAGCCGAAUCAGCAAAUUAUCGGUCUAACAGGAGGAACUAUUGAGUAUGGACAAUUGAUAAUGAACGUUGUUGUCAUUUGAUGAUUAGAUAGUUAGCUAGGUUACAGAAUAUUGCCUCGUAUCAUAGCUACGGAAGAAAAAGUUCAGUGCUCUUUGAUAAUGCGUUCGCGAUAUUUCAAAGUAUUGUGUUAAGAUAAACAUCAUGAUUGAAUAAUAAAUAAAAAGCUGGGCAACAGCUUCUUAACAACCAGCCCUGCAUCAAAUGGUGAAGCUAAAACUAUUGGGUCUGGUACAAGCAAGGGACUGUGGAGAUUGAGGUUGCGCAUGAAAGACUUGGCACCAAGAAAUAAUUUACUUUUUCUAUAAUUGUUUGCACGUGUGUUUUUGAGGGAGGAGGAAGGAGCAUUGCUGCUCAAGCAUGUUGAGCAUGUUCCAUGAAAGCAGACUUGCUGCCAUCGCACUCGUUUUCCAAAAGUCGCGCAUUCCCCUCGAAACGCGAUCCCUUCAUCUCUUACCCGUAAUAGGACUGUCAUGAUUCCUAUCUCGUACGAAAUAAUAUUUAAAUUUUCAGACUGGCAUUUCAUGAUCACGAUGAUUUCUAACUUUAGUUUGUAACGCUUUUACAAUGAUAUCAGCAAACAAUGAUAUCAGCAAAGGCUCUCCUUUUUGUUUCCAGUUUUUGCGAUACAGAAUGGCGGAGCUUGCCUAGGUGAUCCGGCGGCGGAACAUAUGUUUAACCAGUACGGUGAAUCUUCAGCCUGUAAGGAGGGCAAAGGAGGACCGUUCGUCAACGAUGUCUACCGCCUCACAGAUUCUGGUGCGUGUCAUAUUGAUCAUUAAGAAUGAGUUCACUUUGUCUCUCUGUAACUUAAAAUGAGCAGUCAGUACCAGUGAUGUGAUGCUGAUUCUGCCCCUGCUGUGAAGCCAGCGUCCCAUCCACGAGUAUUUUAGGUCCCCGUCAACGAUGAGUCUCUCAUCCAAUAUUUAGCCUGCGCGAAAUCUCCCCAUUUGUUUCUAGCGACGAGCGAAGCGAGCCACGAAGAACGGACGAGAAAACGUGGUGACCGCGCGUGGCGCCCAACCAGUGGUCCUUGCUCUCGAGUCUUCUUUCGAAUGCCAGUCGCGGGUGACUUUUUGAGAUACAUCCCAAAUAGAGAACUUGUUCACCGGCUACCCAACUUGAGAACUUGAAUGGAUAACGGCAAACUGUUACUGGGUUUGACCCUCUGAUGGUCUAAAGUUUCCGACCAAGAGUACAACUCUCUUAAGUUUUCUAUGGUACAUAAGCAAGCUCCGUCCUUUUUGGGUCACUUUGUGCCCGGCUUAUACUUAAAUAAAUAAAAAAAUAAAUAGAUGAAUGCUCAUAUAUCCUCUCCCCUUUUCCGGGUUAAUGAACCAAUAAUUCAAACAUGAUAUGGUUAAGAAUCCCAACUGGUAGGAGGCGAACCAGUUGGCUAUUUGCAAGCGUGGCCGAGGAUUUGAACUCAGGACUACCGAGAACCAACCCGGGGUCUCCAGAUUAAAAGUCCAGCGUUCUAACCGUUCCGUCACGCUGCCACCGAGUCGCGGAUCAUUAUAAGUUUCUGGGAAACUGCCCACCUACCCCUCCCCUAAGCCAACAUUUUGCCCUAAGUGAAAAUUAAGUGUUAAAGUUGGCUUGAUCUUACCUAGACCACGCCCGCUCGCGUUUCGCUCGCUCUACUAUCCUUGAGGAAAAAUGGGGGACUACUCGUAGUCUAGAUCUUACCUAAAGUCCCAGUUUGUUUUUCGUCAGGUUCCUACGUUUCUCUUGGUUGUUGGAAUGACUCCGGGAGUCAUGCUCUUACACUUCUGGAACACUCUGAUCCCCGAUUGAAUGACUUUUAUCAAACUCGAAUCGAUCCACUACAAAAGUGCGGACGAGUGGCACGCAAACGAGGCUACACCGUCUUUGCCGUUCAGCGUGGAGGGAUGUGCUUUAGUGGACCACUUGCGGAAAUUCAUUAUCGGAAAUUUGGAAUGUCAAGAAGAUGCCAUGAUGGAUUGGGAGGAUCCUAUGCUAACAGUGUAUACAGGCUGAUAGGUAAAAGGCGUUGAUUGUACACUUGUGCUAAAGAUGUUCAUACUGUUGCACCAAUCAGUUCAUCCUUAAAGUAAUGAUUCGCAACAACGUUUAAAGGGGGUGUUUAGAUGACACCGGGGUGACUUUUGCGCCAGUGCAAGUUCACUCCGGUUCCCUCUCGUGGCUCUGUAUUUGUUCGCAUGAUACCACCACAAAAUGUUAAUAUGCCGGUACGAGUCACACUGGGGUGAGUUCACCCCGGUUGUUGUACCAGAGCGAGAAUUUCACUCCGAUACAAAAUUUCGCAACGGUGUCAUGUUAACGCGAAACGGCCACUCUUUUUGGUGUAAUGGCGUAUGCGUAAUUGACUCGCACGUGUAUUUGAUCAACAUUAAGUGAAUUUUCAUGUAAACGCGAUAUGAAAUGACCCAGUCAUCAUGUAAAGCCGAUACGAAAUCAAGAAGUCAUUCCGGUAUGAAACUCGCACCAAUGCGAGUUUUCUCAUGUAAACACCUCCUUUCUUUGUCCUUGGGACUUUAAGAUCCAACGACACGACGGCAACAAGAACGUCUAAAAAACAGCAGGUUUAAUUGCAAAACAACAACUUCGAACGUUCAUCACACUUUUUUGUACAUUUCUUUGCCGUUUUUGCACGACUACGACGUAAACAAGCAACGACCGAAUUUAUUUCCCAUCCUGAACUUGGAUAGAAAGAACGCAAAUUCACUUUUUAAACAACGUUCUCGUUGCCGUCGCGUCGUGGGAUCUUAAAGUCCCUGUUUUUGCGACAAGAACGUAUGAAGGGCAAAAUAUUUUUCCGCUCACUAUCUACCUUUUUUGCUGUAUAUAUUGAAAGUUUUUCUUUUGGACAAGGAGGUGAUAUCAUUAUUUAGUAUAUACCAAAACAGUGGACAGUGUUUUAGUUUUUGUUUCAUCCGUGAUUCGUUGGCACGGGACUUUAAACCGCCGGCUCAGGAGGACGGUUUCGUUGUGAGCGGAUUCACUAGUUUCGUGUGGACGGGAGGCCGAGUCGUCAGGGGCGUAGCCAGCUUUUCGACUAGUUGUAGGCCUGCACGGUCCUCACCAACACUUUGUCCUCCUAUGCUUUUUAGUUCACCCUCCAAAAGCAUAAUUUAUAACAAGAGGUAGAGUGAUCAAACCAAAAAUUUGUAGGCCAGGGCCUACAGGUUUAUAGGCUGGCUACGCCCCUGCUCGUGUAAAAAAGUGUGUGGUUUUAAAAAUAUCUGGAUUCGUGCGGACGUAGGCUUAGGAAGCUCUCGUCAAUUUCAGUAACCUGUUGAGGAAGUGUCCAAGAAAACGUUUCACGCUUCCUUUGGUAAAAUAAGUAAACAAUAAAAACACAGUAAAAAGAUCUCGUCCGCUCCCGCAAAUUUACACGCCUUAAAAACAGGUAGAAAUGCAAAGGUGUCUAUUUUUUUUUCAGAUAACUUGGAAACUACGCCUUCGCUUCCUACCACGGGGAUUUCAACAUCCAGCAUUGCUUUUACAGAGAUUUCAUCUAGUACUAGCUCCAACGAUUUUACGCCCACCACGGGAUAUAGUUCACAGGCCACUUCCGCUUCACCAACGACGCGCAUUCAAGAAAACUAUCUCACACUACAAGAUGGUGUACCACUCAGAAAUACCUAUACAUCCGGCGACAUUCUGUACAACGUAACACUUAAGUUUGGUAUCAAGGCAGGAAAGUUUAGCGACAAAGGGAAAGUUGGAAAUAUGUCUGACUGCAUAAAAGCCUGCGGUAAAAUGGAAACCUGUAGUCUGGCGUUUAUGCUCGGAAAGCAGUGCUUCGCUGUGUCGUGUUAUGACGAUGCGCUGUGUCUAACAAAGCCAGCGUAUUCACCGUUUUACAAACCGCAAAUUGCUUUCGUAAAACACACAAAGGAAAUUUUCAUUGGUAAGUAGACAACCAAACUACGUUAUGCAUGAUCCCAUUACCAAGGGCAUUCUUGACUUUAAAGACACAGAUGGCCUCAGGUGUUGCUUAGUACAGCAGCACUUUCGUUUCAAAACUUCAGUGACAUUAGAUUUAAGAGUAUUAUCACUCGUAGCAAACAUCUUACUUUGGGCGCCGAACGUAGCGUAACGGCCAGUAGCAUACACUUUAACGUUACAUUUAAAAUUACAGUGGCUCAUCAUGUUUUUUUUUUUUGUGGUGAUGUGGCCACGCUUAAAUAAAACCGCCAGCGACAAUUGCUGAUGGUACUGUACGUUGCCGGUUUUCCUGUUUAAGUGCCUUGUUGUCUUAAGUUAGGACUUUCUUGCCAAAGACUUUCAAGCUUGUAAGGUAUGGCCAGUACCUUACGCAUGCGCACGGCCAUAUCACCCGGGCAGUGACAGCCGUGGACAGCUGUUUCGUCCUCAUUUGCUACGGCGAAGGGUUGCCGUUGCGAUCUCUGACCCUGCGCCAGCUCCACCGUAUAAAUGUGGUAGCUGUUGGCUGGGAACUGCCAAAACAGCUCUCGACAUGCGUAUGGAACCGGGAUCAGCUGUCUAGCCGAUUGGUGUACCACAAACCUGUAAACGUGUGACCUGUUUCCUUACCGCUUAUUUAUUUUCAGCCAAUGCUUCAAAGGGGGCACUGUCAGAUUUCAGCCAGUGUCGCACGAGUAUAGUUCAUAAUGACGUCACUUUGGUGGGAGGAAUAAACGCUGGAAAAUUUACCGAUCUCGGAGACGCGGAAAACAUGACCAUAUGCAGUCAGCGGUGCUGUUUCAAGGACGCAUGCGAUGUUGCAUUUAUGCUGGAGGGCGAAUGUUAUGGAGUCAAAUGUAUAAAUGAAUCGUUGUGUGAAACGCGCCCAGCCAGAAAUCCCGCGAGAUAUAACCCCAAAAUUGUUUAUGUCUACCACGACAGGAAGAAAGACGAAGGUAAGCGCGCAGGUAUCGUUUUGUUACUAUAGCAGGCCUUUUGAACCACUGAAGAUAGAAGACUCUUUGAAACAUAAUCGGGAAUGACGAAACGUAUAAUUUUAAAGAAUGCAUCUACUGCAAGAAAGUUUAGCUUACGUAUUAAGUUUAAGCCAAAAUUUGUGUCAACAUCUCUUUCGUUGUCGUGCAAACAUCACAAGUUUGUACCUACUCGUACCAAACUGUUUAAUGGACUCCCUCUCUCCCUGCUGAAGGAAAGGAUCAGUAUGAAUUUGACCUUGCCUUACCUUACCUUAUCAACAGAGUAGUUAAAACCGAAUCUUUGAAUUUCAAUUCCCCAUCGCCGAAGCAACAUACAGGUUCUCUAGAAACUGCUCCUUCAUUCCUUUAAAAGAACUGUUAUAUUUUGCUGUGCUUUUGCUUGGUAUACUGACAAGACAUUUUAAAAACCAACAGCGCCAAACCAACCAAAACUGAAGGCUCUCAUUAAAAUGAUCGACCGCUUACUGAACUCACUGACCGAAAAGCCACAAAAACAAAGUACGGCAGACUCCACACUGAGGAAUAAGAACAAAGACGUUAACACGGCUGAUGUGUCCGUGCACUCUGACGAGGGUAGUAACCUUAAAAAUGACUUGGGACUUGAGACGAAACUGCAGGUCAACGAUAAACAGCCACUCAGUAGAAAUAUAGACGAAAAUUUCUCGACUGACAUUUUUACUCCAACAACGCCACUUAUGCGCUAUGAGAAGUUGGUAGGAAAAAUGUUGGAUGGCCGUAUGAAUGUUUACGCUCUUCCUUUUCUCUUCAAUGGAGAUCAGGGCGAGGGACGUCGAUACAAGUCGUAUAUGACGCCAUUGCCAUCCAAAAGCUUGAACAAUCUCCAAGGUUUCUAUGUUCCAACUCCUCAAAACUUAAACCUGCCCUUUAGACCACACGAAAUUGAUCAUAGAAUGUUCCCUAAUACUCCCUAUCCAAUAAGGGAUUCCCAGCGUUUGAGUGGCUUUUCGCCCACUGCUACACGUGUUAACUUGCGUGACAAGGAUCUGCAAAGACUCCUUCAAGAAUGGCGUCGAGAAAACAAUAAUAAACAUAACAGAGAAUGGAGAGAUGACGAAGAGGGAGAAGCUUUAGCUAGCUACUACGACGCUACGGACAACGAUCUGCUUUCACUGAGUACGACAGACUUAAACCGAUUUUCAAAGUACUUGAAGUUACGUUUAAGUCAAAGCCAAGGCUCUUACAAACCUCAAGACGUUUUCACUAACCAGUUUCCAUUUCGUGCUUCCAAAAAUACGAAUUCCCAGGGGAUAAAUUCUUUCUGGGAUAUCUCUUCUGCAGCUUCUUCGCAACAGAAAAGUGUCUGCUGGGAUGGGGAGGUGUUACACAAUUAUACUUUGGUUGGAGGUAUCAACGCUGGCACGUUUACUGACAACGGAAAAGCAAGUAACAUGGACAUAUGUAUGCAGUUUUGUUGCAAGCGAGACACCUGUGACCUGGCAUUUAUGAUUGAGGAUGACUGCUAUUCAGUGGCUUGUAACAGGAAUGGCGCUUGUGAGCCAAGAAAAGCCAGACCCACCCAUUAUCUGCCGAGAAUAGCCAUAAGGAAAAAACCACAAGGUGAGGUAUUCCCUUUUGAAGAACUUUGUCACGUGCUUGGAUACCACUUAGCAACGUAGACGCUAGACGUUUGAUACUUUUCUGAUUGAAUUUAGCGAAUCUUUGUUCUUUUUUACUAGGGAAUUCUAACGUUAAUGUUCCCUCAUCCACGGCUCCUACAUCAUCGUCAACACUGACACCAACACUCUUUCUGUCAUCAUCUCCAACUCCUGCAACGUCUUCACCGACCAUCACCCACUCCAUUCCUGAAGGUCAUCAAAGUAGGUUUUUCUAUCUUUCUUAGUUUUGAAUUGGGCGCAGUUCUAAUUGCGUCUCUUAUCGAACUUCUCUCCGUUUUCGACACUACUUUGUUUUGGUCGAGAAUUCAGGUAUUUAGUACUCUGUUUUGAACUUUGCUAAAUAACUUGAGUAAUAAUGCAGAGAAGUCAUUUCUCCACUAUCUUUUCCUGUUGAACGCAUUUUUUUUAUUUGUAAUCAUGUACUUGUAUUUAGAUACACGUUGGAACAAGCUUGACAUUUAAGAAAAAUCGAACUAUACUAGUAAGCCAAAUGUCGUAGACAAGGGGCAAAAGUUAAAAGUAGUAAUGAAAAGUUGUCUGUAGGCAAAAUACCUCCGGAAGAGCUUGCUAGCAGGCUAAAAUAAAAAUAACCGUUCUUUGCAAUCUUUUUUCAUCCUGCUGGCACGUGAAAUGUUUAUAUCUGUGCCAUGGGCAGUUCUGACUUGUUUUGCUUAUGAUCGAGAGGAAAAAUGGUGCAGUUUCCGUUGACUAGUUUCUUGCAAAACAUUAGGGCCAAUCAAACACACAUGCUGCGAAUACCGAUAUCAGUAUUUUCACGAAAAUUUUGAUUGUGCCGUAAAGUUAUAAUGCUUUCAUGACUGGUGCGUCUCUUUCUUUCAAUCAGCUGAUUCCUCUGUUAAAGUUGCCCACUCAUGCGAUUCUUCACCCAUCGAGUACAACGUGACGCUUAAGAUGGGGCUUCACUCUGGAGAAUUCCAAAAGAUUGGUAAAGUGGAAUCCAUGGACGACUGUAUAGAAAUGAGCUGUAGGCAACCCAACAGUGAUGUGGCUUUCAUGUUAGGCAGCAUCUGCUUUGCGGUGCACUGUUACAGCGCCGAUCUUUGCAAAACCGUUCCUAUUUUUGGAUCAAGUAUCUCUCGAUUGAAUUUGAAUCCAGCCAUUUCGUUCCUCAGGAAGAAAUCUCGUUUUAGAACAAAUUCUCUUGGUAAGUGAUGUGUUUGAUAACCAAGGGUUUAUUUCUGGAUGAUGUAGACAUUUCAGGGUAGGCUUUCUAUCUAAAAUAAAGCUUUUGUCAAAUAGUACUGUGGUUUAUACACCUGCAACUAACUUUUUAAUCACUCGACGUCCUCACUUUUAUGGACGCACGAUCCAUACAUAUCAACACUUUGACUCUCAAAGGCUUUGGGGCUUUUAGAAUCCCGACAAGGAUUAAUCUGUUUAGCAUUUGUAUAGGUAAUAGCAUGAUUUGUAGUGAUAUUUGGCGUAAAUACCACGAGUGAUAUUUUAAAAUUGUUAUGCGUAAUUUCCCGAUUGAAAUUUGAGACAAUUUUGAAAUAUCACGAGUGUUAUUUAUGCCAAAUAUCACGUACAAAUCAUGCUAUUAUUUGUUUAUAUUACCCGCAAGAGGUUUGUAAUUUUCACAUGUAGGUAUUUCAAAAUAAGUUGAAAUAUCACUGCUCUAAGCCAAUCAAAUUGCAGCAAUUUCUCAUGUAGUAGUAUAAACUGGGUUUGAGUUUAUCAAUCUAUGAUCUGUUAUUAUACCUAGCUGUACAAAAUGAUGAAAUAUAUCAAGAUAGAUGUCGCGACAGCACAAUAACAUACAACGUAACACUACGUGGUGGCAUUGACGCAGGUAAGCGCAUACCCCCCCGGGGGAAUACUCAGCAGUUUUAUACUGGGGGAAGCUCCGCCCCGAGGUCCAACCCCUUCCCUUUUAUAUACCAUUUUUGACAGUUCAAUGUGUUGGUAACCGUUUCCCUGGUUGAGACCAGUACUAAUCAGUCCGCCUUAAAGGUGGAUUUCUACUGUCACGUUAUUUUUACUUGUGUAAGCGCGUAAAUUUUACGCGUGUAAAUAAAAUAGAGGCAAUGUAUGAAGUGUCGCGCGCAAAUAUUUUAUUUACGCGCGUAAAAUUUACGUGCGUACACACGUAGGAAUUUCGCGACAGUGGAAAUCCGGCGACUUUAGUGAGCUACGUCCAGUUAUAUCCAUUUGAGCACCACAUGACCAGACCUACCAGCAUCUUGUCCACGGCAGAAAAUUAACCAUGUAGUGGCGAACUGAUGGUGUCUACCCGUCAAAACGUAUAGGCCAGUUGUAGUUCCCUAAGCAUCACGUUAACGUCGGUAUCUGUAUCCAGAAAUAAUUUCUUUAUGAUAUCGUUAAUAUUGUUUAUAAUAAUAUUUCAGGGAACUUCACAGAAAGGGCUGGAACACUAACAAUGCGAGACUGUAUUGGAAAAUGCUGCGAUGACAAAUCGUGUGACUUAGCGUUCAUGUUUGGUGACAGCUGUUACUCAGUGGAAUGCCGGAAUGAAAAAUUGUGCCAGGCUGUUUUAGCAAAGCCAUCACGUCUCGAACCCAAGAUUUCUUAUAUAACCAGAGGAUAUUUCGAUGAUAAGGACAAGGGUAUGAACACCUAUUCCAAUUUUAAAUAAAGAUACCGUAAAAUUCCGAAAAUAAGCCCCGGGGCUUAUAUUUUACAAAGGCCCUUUUUGAGGGGCUUAUUUUUGGAGGGGCUUAUAUUCGGAGGGGCUUAUCUACGGAGGGAAAUUUGCGUUUCAAAAUCGAUUGAGCUAGCCUUGUGUUGGAAGGAAAUUUACCGUUUUGGCUUUGUUUUACUUUGUAUUUGAGGGCAACACAGGGCUUAUAUUUAGAGGGCGACUUAACCGUUACUGGUUUGGGGGCUUAUAUUUUUUAUGGAACUUAUUUUCGGAAUUUUACGGUAUGAUCGUCGCAGUGGUAAUUGCAAUUUUAGCAAUUGCAAAUUAACCCGAAAAAAUUUCGGGACUUCGACGGGAUUCGAGCCCAUGGCCUUUGCGUUAGCGCUCCAGUACUCUACCAACUGAGCUACAAAGACCCAUACAUUUGGAGCAGGCCAAUUUGUUGAGUUCAUCUUAACCCUUGAGAGCAAUGAAACAGAAUGAAGAUGGUGUUAACUGCGGAAUUCAAAUUUGAAAUGAAGAGGCCAUGGGUUCGAAUCCUCUUAAAGUGCCGAAAUUUUUUCCGUUUAAUUUGCAAUUGCUUAAAUGGCAAUUACUACUGUGACGAUCAUAUCUUCAUUUAAAUGUUGUAUUUCCGCAGUUCACAUAUCUUCAUUCUAUGUACCCAGUAUAAUUGCUGAAUAGGCUCGAUAUCAGGAGAAAUAAACAGAAAGACAUUGUUGUGAAAUCUGUAUUCAAGCCACCUGGAAAAUUGACCUCUCAGGCUACUAGCAAUUUGAAUUUUCAUGAAAAUAAAAUAGCGAAAUUUCUUUGAAAUGAAAGCAGUGGUUAAUACCAUCAACGUGAUACAACCAACUUUGACUCUGAAGAUGACUACCGCACAGAUUGUCAAAACGUCAGUCACUGUCAACAACAACAGUCCUAUUCAGGAUUACGCCGCUCCCGGACGAUCAUGCUUCACCCACUUAUAAAUUUGGUUUUGUUAAAAAAAAAAAAACGUUGUUCUCUUUGCGGGAUAGGUGAGGAAAUGUUUCAAGUUUCGUUGAACUUCCCUAGAUCGUUUCCAAGUGAUUUUAAUCGAUAAACUUUUUUUGCCCAGAAUGGUGCUUGGAGUGAAAAUUCUAGAAGCUUGGGGGAUAAGAAAAUUCUUUUCAUAUUUUAAAAUCCAUCUUUCACUGAAUUACUUUACUCACCUCUUUAUCUUAUUUACUAAAAUUCUAAUCCCUUUUAGGGACUAUGUUCUCUGCAAGUGAUCAAACACCGACCUGCCGAGCAGAUCAAAAAUCUCGCUCAGCAGUAAUCAGUAACAAGACUUUGGUAGGAGGAUUGGAAGCAGGAAAGUUCACUUUUGUUGGAGUUGUGAGGUAUUAGUUUUUCCCAAUACGGUGAACUCUCCCUCAGAUGGGCAUCUUUAAGGCCGGCAGUAUAUAUCCAUCUUAGAGAGAUGUACUCCGUUUUAUAGAGAGUCACAUUGAAAUAAAGGGAGUAAAGAAAGGCAGGGACCAACUCUAGGUGUCCGUUUUAUAGAGAGUCAAAUAAAGGGAGUAAAGAAAGGCAGGGACCAACUUUAAGUGUCCAUUAAAAGAGAGUCGACUGCACUCCAGGCGUGCGCCUCAGAUACCUCAGACUAUAUCGGCCCGCGGCCCCUUGCGUCAGCUCUUGGAACAGUCAAAUAUUACGCUCUCGAGUAAGAAUUUCCUAGCUGCAUGUUCCAACAUAACAUUAGUUUAGGCACGCGCACCUUUUCCUUGGCUAUAACACCAGAAGCCGUGAUUUGCUGCGCCCUCCCUUCGCAAAAACUACUAAAUACCAAGGUAGCUUCAGAAUAAACGGUGCUUGGACCUACAACACCCUACCGAGAAUUAUGAGACGAGUAGAGACGCUCAACGAAUUUAAAAUCAAGCUAAAUUGCCAUAUUAAACAGUAACGCCUGCGGUACAUGUUGCCUGUGUAACUUAAUCAAUUUUCUAGUUUUAAUGUCUUUGUUUUUGUGUUGUGUCAGGGCACCAUUUAAACUAGCUCUGCUAUAAAUUGGAUGCCCCUGGAUGAAUACUGAUUUAAAAAAAAAAUGAUCGCAUCCACUUUUAUAAUUGUAUUCAUCCGCAGUUCAAAUAAAGUCGAGCCUCUCUUAACGAACACCUCUGUAAAACGGACACCUAGAGUUUGUUCCUGCCUUUCUUUACUCCUUUUAUUCGACUCAAAGACGCACGGUUAGUAUUGGUCCCAUUUAAGGUGUCCGUCUUAUAGAGAGUUCAUACAUUCUGAGUCAUAACAUUGGGAAGAUUAAGCGCACCAUGGUUUCUCGUGUUCGGCCAAUAAUCCGAGCGACAUGUGAGCACAAGAAUGCUUCGAGAUGGGUCAUUUGUAACUUGCCUCAAAACCUGUUUAUCUUUCGGAGCUCUUUUCACUGCUGUGCUAUGUUAUUUUUUGGUAUUAUUUUUUGUCAGGAAGGAAAAUCCUACAAAAUUAUCAUUGGUGUCACCUUUGUUUAUCGCUUGCUUCAUGAGUCGCUCUGAUAUACUUGCGAUCAGCAAAAAGUCAAUUUACUUCUUGAGGCAAACAAAUGAAAAAAUAAAAUAAAUAACGAUUUGCAGGUAGCACAUCCACAUAGUGGUUCUUCGUCUCCCUGAUUCCUGGUCGAAUUGGAAUUUGGAAAUGUUGGUUUUUGAGGAGAGGGGAAAACCGGAGUACCCGGAGAAAAACCUCUCGGAACAAGGGAGAGAACAAACAACAAACUCAACCCACAUAUGGCGUCGACGCCGGGAUUUGAACCCGGGCCACCAUGGUGGGAAGCGAGCGCUCUCACCACUACGCCACCCUUGCUCCCCAAGGGCCAUCAUAUUCAAACCAGGAAGCUAAAACAUGCUACCUUACCUGUCGGUCGAUGUUAAGUUCCGGUCUUCAUUUCCCUCUUUCUCGGCAAGUUCAGAAGAUAAGAGAUAUUUAGUUCGGCGCAUGCAGAUAUUCUCCAAAUAGCAGAUGUCGUCCGUCGAUUUGGAUUCUUGCUUUUCUUGGUACGUUUUCAGGCAGAAGUUCGACUGUUUCUUCUGCGCGAAACGUGUGAGAUGUACCGCCAUAUCGUACUGCUCCACCAAAAAAACGCAACCUCGUUCCAGGGCUUAUAGAUUGGCGUCCAUUUUUCUGUUACAAAAAUCAUCUUAAGAUUCAGGGAACUCGUAACUAAUUUUUCAAAACAAUAAUGGUUCCAAAAAAAACGUCAAGAGCCCUGUUAUCUUGAAGAAUUAUCCGUGGGAUAUUUGAGCUAAUCAGAAACGGAGAAAUAUUUUGAGUGAAUAAUAAUCACUUUUAUUUGUUUACCCCAGUGACAUGGACAUGUGUAUGGAUCGAUGCUGUGCUCAGCGAGGUUGUAAUGUAGCUUACAUGGUGGACAGUAACUGCUUCUCUGUUUCCUGCUUCUCCCCAACUUUGUGUAAAAUAAGUGACGUACCCUCUUCAAAUGGAGACGUCAAGAUUUCCACUAUUAUGAAUAGUACUGCAGGAAGACAUUCCGAAAAAAGUGAGUAUACGGAAAAGGCCUUGCCCCAUACCUGGUAACCUACAUUUUUUCAAAGCUUGUCGUUGUUUUGAUGUGUUUCUUUGUCCUUUAUUUAAAAGAAUCAAUGAUAAGACAUGUUUAACCACCUAGAGAAUUACGAUUGUAAGAAAAAUUCAACGUUAUGCGUGCUUGAUAAUCUUUAACAGAAUAGAGAGUCUUAUGAAUAACUUUCUGUUGCUCUGAUAAGUGUCUUUUAAAAGCCAUAUAGGAACUAGUUUUAUAAAUCCAUUUGUUCUUUUCGCAUUUGUCAAGUAUAACACACCUGACUUCGUCUGUUGGUUAAAAACAUCAUAAAACACUCCUGUUCGUUUUUUAACUUUGCACAACUUAACAUAAACAGCUGUGCGGUGUGCUUGAGGUGCUUUGCGCUAUUCCAGUGCUACAGGGGCGUGGCUAGGGGGGUGGGGGCCUGGGGUGCUUCCUCACUCCCUUGUGAGAGGCAUCCUUUUCCUUUUAUUUCCUGAAAAUGCUAGAAAGGUGGCUAAAAGCCACUGUCUUUGAAUGACGAUAUCUCGGCAUCACACCGCUCAUCUGAAUAUUUUUCACUCUUUUUGUAAACAGCAUUGAUGUCUAUGAAAAAUGACUACAAUAAGUCACCCCCGCCCCGCACCCCUUCACCUUAAAAUAUCCUAGCUACCCACCUGAGGUAACUUUGACAAUGACGAUCUUUUUAGAUUCCAUGAUAGUCUACGUAAUAAUUGGCGUUGUGGGAUUCGCGGCAGGAGCUGGAGGGAUUCUCUGGGCAGUUUGUAUGUUCAUUCGGAGGUAG